AUGAGCCUCCUCACUGUCUAUGGGCCUCCUCACACUCUAUGGGCCUCCUCACUGUCUAUGGGCCUCCUCACACUCCAUGGGCCUCCUCACAGUCUAUUGUCCUCCUCACAGCCCAUGGACGUCCUCACAGUCCAUGGACCUCUCACAGUCAUUUGUGGACCUCCUCAUAGUCUAUGGGCCUCCUCACAGUCCAUGGACCUCCUCACAGUCUAUGGACCUCCUCUCAGUCUAUGGGCCUCCUCACACUCCAUGGGCCUCCUCACAGUCUAUUGUCCUCCUCACAGCCCAUGGACCUCCUCACAGUCCAUGGACCUCUCACAGUCAUUUGUGGACCUCCUCAUAGUCUAUGGGCCUCCUCACAGUCCAUGGACCUCCUCACAGUCUAUGGACCUCCUCUCAGUCUAUGGGCCUCCUCACAGCCUAUGGGCCUCCACACAGUCUAUGGACCUCCAGUCUAUGAGCCUCCUCACGGUCUAUAGGCCUCCUCACAGUCUAUGGACCUCCUCACAGUCUAUGGACCUCCUCUCAGUCUAUGGGCCUCCUCACAGCCUAUGGGCCUCCUCACAGUCUAUGGACCUCCUCUCCACACGCUGUGAUGUCACGGUGGAAAAGCAGAACAUGUUUGUGGUUCGAAACCGGGGGAUUUCUCUUGUGGUGAAAAGAGCCCGGGCUCACUCUGCUACAAACACAUGA